GGCGGUAAGGGACGCAUGGUGCCGGCCGGCGCGCUCCGGUUCCUGCGGCUGCAGCUGUACUCCCGGACGGCAGCGGGGCUGGCUGGCGCCAUGGAGCGGGCCGUGGUGCGCUGCGUGCCCGCCGAGCCCAAGCUCAUUCUGUCGUUCGUGGUGAGCGACGGCAGCGCCCGGAACCUGCAGCGCGACCGCGAGGAGCCGCUGGGCCGCGCGCUCGCCCGCAUCGCCGUCCACGCCGCCAAGGGGUGGGCCAAGGCGGCCAAGAAGGGCCGCAAGGGCCCGGCCAGCGGGGAGGAGCUGCUGCUGCCUGCCGUGCGCCUCUUCUCCCGCGAUGGCGAGGCCGUGGCCGACGACGUGCCCAACACUGACGCGUGGCAGGACGGUGCCGUGCUGCAGAUCGGCGACACCACGUACCGUGUGGAGCGCAACCCUCCCAUGCUCACUGAGUUGCACCUGCCGCGCUCGCUGCUGGCUGGCUUCCCUGUCUGCCCCAAGCUGGCCACUGAGUUCACUACACCUCACCACUGCCUCUUCCGCUGGUUCUGCGAGCGGCCACCCAGCGCUGAUGGGGCUCAGCCCACCUGGGUGGAUGUCGAGGGUGGCAACCAGCAGGUCUUCGUGCCCAGUAAUGUUCAUGUGGGGCAGCGCCUAAAGCUGCACUGCACACCCCAUGAUGGGCUGCAGCGCUAUGGCGUCCCCCGUGAGGUCGAGAGCACGGGGCCGGUGGAGGCAGGGCCUGGCGCCUGCACCUUUGAUGCACGACACCUGUACACACGGCGGUUGGCCCCCACUGGGUCCCUCCGCACUGUGUCUUACAAUGUGCUGGCUGAUACCUACGCACAGACUGAGUUCUCGCGUACUGUGCUUUUCCCCUACUGCGCUCCCUACGCCUUGGAGCUCGACUACCGCCAGAGCCUGCUGCACAAGGAGCUGGCUGGCUAUCAUGCUGACCUCGUGUGCCUGCAGGAGGUGGACCAAGCCGUCUUCACAGACAGCCUAGGGCCAGCCCUAGAGGCCUUUGGCCUCAAGGGGCUCUUCAAGAUCAAGGAGAAGCAGCGCGAAGGCCUGGCCACCUUCUACCGCCAGGCCAAGCUCCAGCUGCUGAGCCAGCAUGACCUCACCUUUAGCCAGGCCUUGCAGGAGGACCCGCUGCACCGGGAGCUGCAGGACAAGCUGGCCACAUACCCCGUGGUGCAGGAGAAGGUGCUGCAGAGGUCCUCCGUGCUGCAGGUUUCGGUUCUUCAGUCUACAAAUGAGCCUUCCAGGAUGAUUUGCGUAGCCAACACUCACUUGUACUGGCAUCCAAAAGGUGGAAACAUUCGUCUCAUCCAAGCUGCUGUAGCCUUGUCUCACAUUAGGCACGUAGCAUGUGAGCUGUAUCCUGGUAUACCAAUCAUAUUUUGUGGGGAUUUUAACAGUACCCCAUCAACUGGACUGUAUCAUUUUGUUAGCAGUGGCAGUAUUGAUGAACAUCAUGAAGAUUGGGUCUCUAAUGGCGAAGAAGAAAAGUGCAGCAUGUCUUUAACCCACCCUUUCAAACUACAAAGUGCUUGUGGAGAACCUGCAUAUACAAACUAUGUUGGUGGGUUUCACGGCUGCCUGGACUACAUUUUCAUUGAUGCACAUGCUCUAGAGGUAGAACAAGUAAUUCCAUUGCCAAGUCAUGAAGAAGUUACUACCCAUCAGGCCUUACCAAGUGUUUCACAUCCUUCUGAUCAUAUAGCACUAAUAUGUGAUUUAAAGUGGAAGUAAAAUAGUACUGACACAGCUCUUCCUCUGACCUUUUAAGCAAGAAAUUUAUUUACUUUAGUGGAACUUGUACCAUGCUUGAAUGCAACAAAAAGAAAAGAGGGAGUGACUACUGGAAAGUUCACGUGCUUUAUCAGCUCUAAUAUUAACUCCUUGUUGAGCAUUUUGUCUGACUAGUCGUAACAUUUGCAUGACAACUUUUUAUAACUAGGAGCAAACAUUUAAGACAGGUGCGGGGAGGAAACAUUCAAGACAGAUUAGGGGGUGCUAUAUAAGAAUUUUUUGUGUAUUCAUUUUUUUUUAAAUGUAAUCUAGUCUGACUUACAAAUACAUAUUAAGCAAAUGUUGGACAAUGCAGAACUAGUUGGGGAGGAGGGCGAAUAAGCAAAUGGCUUGAAUCCAAUUUGUUAUGCCCAUUGUCAUCACAAGACAUAGCUCCACUUUCUAACAAAUCUAAAAUACAAAUAGCCUCAUUCAUUUGCCAUUCCUGAUGCAUCUUUCAAGCAAGUAGCCUGUUCAGUGCAUUUAUAUCCACUAGCACCUGACAUUUUUUAAGCUAGUUAUCAUCUGAAAAGAGUUGCACAGUUAUAGAGCCAUCCAGCUUAAAUAUAAAAGUAAAAUUAAAAAUAAAAGUGUUUUAACUUCCUCUGCUCAGUUCUUAGUGUACCUCUAGUAACUGAAAAGUAGCUUUUUGAACUUAUAAAAGGUAUCUAGAUUUUAAAAAACCCCACCCAUUAUAACAAACCAAAAUCAAGUAUAGUGAAUAAACAAUGUUUUAUGUUUGAGCGGUUAGCUUUGAACACAAUUUCAGCAGGGAUAAGUCUAACCAUCUAAUAUGCCAUUUUUUAACUGUAGAGAAGAUCUGAAUUCAGGUAACAAUCUAUACUUCCAAGCAGGGGAGGGAGUGGGUAGAGAGAGAAGAAAAUAGUUAUUGAGAAGAGCUAGCUGUAGGUAUCAUGCUUUGAAGAGAAACAGGGACCUUGAAACAAAUUCAGCUUCAGAAAAUUCUGCAUUUUGCUUCUUUGUGUAUUUUACAUAUAUAUUUGAUUUAGGACAGAGUCUAGUUUUCCCUACCUCUGCAUGCUUUUUUUUCUUUUUACCAGAGAACAUACGGGGUGUUGGAAAAAAUGUAUAUUAUCAUAUUUGAUUUGGAAAGGUGGGUGUUAAAUCACUUAUGAAGGCUUCCUUCCUCUUACAAAGACAAAUUUUAAACAGUUUUCCUGAAGUUUUCUAUUCUAGUCAAUAAAUGUUCUUAUUAAUUCUUGUGAUUGACACUGGUGUCAUCUAACUGUUUUCCAGUUA